AUGCACAGGGCACGCCGGCUGACGCGUCCAUGCAGAAAUGAGUGGCUGCACAGCACAUGGGAGAAAGCCUACCAGGAUCACAGGAAAAAGGUCCAGGAUGCCCAGCCACUCGUGGAUACCCAUGCCCCACUGUCUCUCGGCCACUUCCACUUGAACCUCAAGAAGCUCAAGCUGGAGGAGGAGCGGCUCUCUGUCAUAGACAGGGACAACCGCCUGCUGCUGCAGAAGCUGUCCUGCAUCAUGAGGACCAGGGGACAGACUGACAGCAGAAGCAACCACACACACAGGAGGUAA